AUGUCCCAAAUCGACCAAAAGAUAUCAAUCUUGGACCUCUACGUUAAAGAAAUAAACAAAAAGAUAUCUUCUCUUCAUCAAGAACUCCUCCACCUGCCAACUACUAUUUCUAUAACCUCUCCUCUUAUUCACCAAAAGGAGUCAGGACUAAAAUCCCUUAAAGCCCAGUUGCAUUCCAUACAAAACCAGCCCAAAGCACAGUCCCAACUACCAUUUGAUAUAUUCACACCUUACCCAAUAUACACCUACACCUUAUAUGGUCCAAACACAACCACUCUCAUUUCCCCAAGACCCAAGACAUUUUGGAUCGUCCUUCUUUUUGCCAACCAAUGUUGUAGAGAAACACCAUCUUAUAGAAAAAGAAACAGCCAGUCCUUCCGGUGGAUAGAGAGGCUCUAA